AUGAAGUUCCUCGCCUUGACAACAACCAUCUUUGCCGCGGCCAAGUCUGUGUGGACCCGUGGGAGUCCAUUUGCCGUACUGUCGGCUUUGUGGGCGACUAACCACGAGGGCAAGUAUAUCAUCGAGUCCGAGGGUAUCCGUUUGGCGUUCACCAAUCACGGGGCGGCUGUGACAAACCUAUGGAUCAACAAUACCCAUGGAGAGGAAAUCGAUAUUGUAUUGGGUCUUGAUAAUGGUGACGACUACGCUAAGCUCACAUCCAAUCCAUACCUGAACGGCGUUAUAGGACGGUACGCCGGCUACUUGAGCAACGCCAGCUAUGAAGUAAACAACGUCCAGCGAAAGGUCUGGCCGAACGCACACAACCGCACCUCGACCUUCAACGGCGGCGACGAAGGGUGGGGACGACAGACGUGGGACGUUGCCGUACACAUCAACAACAGCAUCACCUUCCUGAUGUUCGACCGCCAAUGGAAUGGCUUCCCGGGCGUCUUCGCCUCAUGCCUCACCCACACCGUCACGCCUUACGAGUGGCGUAUCGCCUUUGGAGUUACUCCCCUCCUCUUCGCCGGGCCCAUCAACCUGAGCCAGCAGGUGUUUUUCAACCUCGACGGCUUUCGCUACCCUCCGAAACCUGUUUCCACGACGUCCAGGGAGUCAAACAGCAACACGUCUUCGACGCAAGCCCGGAGACCGCCGAGCCACCAGCUUCAGCUGCCCUCGUCGGGAAUGCGGUUCGCAAUGGACCCGCAGGGAAUCCCCACGGGGGAUCUCCUGAGCAACAGAAAAGGGGGAGAAUUCGACUUUUGGUCGUCCGCAAAGACGAUGCUGGACGGAUGGCGUGGGUUGAAUGACGUUUUUGCCAUUUCCCACCCGUAUCCAGAGCACAAGAUGAACAACCCCGCCGCCAUCCUCUCAUCGACACAUUCCGGGAUCAGCCUGUCGCUCUAUACGGACCAGGACGCAUUGCGCGUGCAAACAUGGGGUGGGAGCAAUGUCAACAAGGGCAAGAAGGAGACAGUUUUCAAGUAG